CACAACACUACACAACACCUUCUUCUCCCAACCAUCUCCUUCUCCGACAAUGGCUACUACUUUCCUAACAGCUGUUGUGUCAAUCAAACCUACACUCUUCUCAUUCCAGCCCCAAACUUUCAAUAAUCCUCAAACCAAUGGACUCUCCCUCCUCACCAAACCCAUCUCCGUCUCCAUCUCCCUUCCACGGAUCUCCAGGAAGAGACUCAUCCCUCACGCAACGAUGGAGACUGAAGAAAAACCCGCUUUAGACCCUAACGCAGAAUCCUCAAGACGUGUCUACAUCGGAAACAUACCAAGAACAGUUACUAACGAGCAGCUCACCAAACUCGUUGAAGAACACGGCGCCGUUGAACAAGUCCAGGUGAUGUAUGAUAAGUACUCAGGAAGAAGCCGUAGGUUUGGUUUCGCUACCAUGAAAUCAGUUGAAGAUGCCAAUGCUGUCAUUGAGAAGUUGAAUGGCACUACCAUUGAAGGACGUGAGGUGAAGGUUAAUAUUACUGAGAAGCCUAUAGCAUUAUCAACAUCAUCUCCUGAUUUGUCACUGCUUCAGUCUGAAGAUUCAGCUUUUGUAGAUAGUCCUUACAAAGUGUAUGUAGGGAAUCUAGCAAAGACUGUUACUAAAGAGAUGCUUGAGAGUUUGUUUUCUGAGAAAGGGAAAGUUUUGAGUGCAAAGGUUUCAAGAGUGCCUGGAACUUCGAAAUCUACUGGGUUUGGGUUUGUGACGUUUUCUUCUGAUGAAGAUGUUGAAGCUGCCAUUUUGGCUCUUAACAACUCUUUGCUGGAAGGGCAGAAGAUUCGGGUGAACAAGGCGUAGUGUGAAAGAGAGGGCGAGUCUUUUGGCAUCAUAAAAAAACGUGAAAGGAAUGGUUUUUGUUUUGAGGAGUUUGUAAUGCAAACAAUUAGAGUAUAAUCUUUGUAUUUAUUCUAAGUUGAAAGUGAAUGCAGUAAGUUAUCUUCACUAUGAUAGUUAUGACCAAUACUUAAAACGGCUAAUUACUCCUUGUGUGGUGUGUAACCAAACCACAGCUCGGUUUAAAUAGUUACCUGUUUCAGACCAAUCAUUCUAGGCUCAAAUUCUCUGUGCAAUACUGAUGCAGCAAACAAUAUAAACAAAUAC